UAAUUUCAGUGCGUGUUUGUCAGUUGCCACGGCUGCAGUCACUGUUCCACAGCUUAAACAUGAAACACAUUCUGGUUUUGUGGAAAGAUGAAGAAAAGUGUGACAUUCAUCCUAUAACUACAGUUGUUGAUGCGAGCAUAGGGCUGGAACUUAUGCGGGACCCGUGCGGCGCGUUGAAGCGGCUCCAGAGCAACUUCAUAGAAAUCAAGUGGGACGCAGCAAAGCCAGCGGCACCAGCCAAAAUCUUGGCCGUGGGGAACCUUGCCUCUAUGGAAAAAAAAAGAAACAACUGUGUGGCAGCAUGUGGCAACGUCCCAUCGAGUGAGAGCGAGGACAGGGAUGACGUGGUGGAGCAACUACAGGCCACUGUUGAGCGCCUUGAAAGUGAGCUGCAAAAAACGAAAGUGCAGCUCCAGCAAACGCAGGACUGUCUUGACUCCGCAAGGAUGGUCAAGCGCCUGAAGCUUAUUCUUGACAAAGCUGACAGUGGUGAGGCUGCUGAGCCUGUCGCAGUCGUGUCAGCGUUAAAAAGAACUUGUAUAGUCCUGAAUGAUCACCUAGCCAAAUUCAACACCAUUAUUUUGAAGGCUGUAAGAUACUUUCAGCCUGACACUCCAUCUGGCAUACACCUAUGACAUCAUGCUCAUCCAAGCCACUAGCAUGGUGGACCUUGGUGAAGGUAUUCUCCUUGAUGAUGGUACGCUCACACGACUGCGACGGGAUGCGAAGAACUCGGGAUCCAGGUUUGCCCGGGGUCUACUUAAAGUGCUGUUCACAGCAGAAGAGCUGGAGAAUAAGUCUCUUUUUGGGCGGCGUUCCAACGCUCACAAGGACGCCGCCCAAAAAGAGGCUUUAGAUCCAAGGCGUGUCAACGCUAUUCUAAGUAUGUGUGACAACACAGGCAACUGAAAUGUUUGCUUUCGUUGGUCAUUUGAAGUUAAAAUCUUGUGGAUUACUCCUGUGUGCUGUCCCGUCCAGAUACACUGACAAAUACAUGAGGCUAAACUAACUAUUCUUGCAUUUUCUCUUCCCUUAGGCUACACGGCAAGACACUUUGAUGCAACGACCGGUGAAAUAAAAAACUCGCUGUCCUCCUUGCUCGCUCGCGGGUUUUAAUGUAUCUAAAAGUGAAAAGUAAAUGUAAGUUUUC